ACCACAAUUGAGACUGCAUCCUAACCGAAGACUGGCAAACCUCAAAUUGUAUAUUCACAUCAGCAAUUGGCAGGUAAACAUGGAGUACCAGAACAUUUCGAAUGGCUCUCUGUUUGCCCGUACCUCAGUGGAAACACUAAUGUCCAGCAGUGUUCUGGGAUUGUGCUGUGCGCUGGGUUUACCAGGUAAUCUAGCGGUGAUGGUCAUGCUCGCCCAACAUUUAAAGGAGGACAGCUUCACCCCGAAACUGAUGCUGAGUCUGGCUGUCUCUGAUCUACUGAGUCUGAUUUCUCUGCCUGUGUGGAUCUAUGCCCUUCUGAACGGCUGGGUUUUUGGCAGAGCUCUAUGCAAGUUAUUUUCCUAUCUAGUGUACUGGAGCCUCUACUGUAGUGUGCAUUCUGUCACCUUAUUGAGUGUGCAAAGGUACCUGCAGGUGCUGUAUCCUCAGCGAUGGGCGAAGCUUGGAAGGAAGGGUCAAAACGGGCUGAUUUUUGGGAUAUGGACAUCAAGUGGAGCGUUGGGUUCUUACGCUCUUUAUUUCCGAAGCAUCAAGCAGACGGAGGACGGGUUUCUACAGUGUUAUCCGGAUUACAGCAAUACUCAAGAAAAAAUAGUUGUCUUAUUUGUCGAGAUUCUAGUGAUGUUUAUUGUGCCUCUCUUCAGCCUGUUGGGCUUCUACCUUCGACUUCAUCAACGGAUAAGUCAUUCAGCUUUCUUCAACAGCCACAGGCUGACAAAACUGGCCGUCAGAAUCGUAGUGGCCUUCUUCAUAUUCGGCAUCCCCUGUGCGAUCAACAACGUUGUUUUAAUGGUAGUGUCAUGGGAUUCAAAUGCUAGCCACGAUAUAACUGGGGCUCUUUUCUUUAUAAACAGUUGUGUGAACCCAUUUCUUUACGCCUUUUCUGCUUCAGCGCUGCGAUCCAGAAGUACAGUCAGACCAGCCACAACAAUAUCAGAAAUGUAA